CUCAGUUACUUCCGUUUGCUUGAGCUAGCUGCGGGAACCUGCGAAUUCAGGACUGGUCUCCGCAAGUCCGACUCAGCGUAUUGUCUCCCGCCCACAGCAAGUGACGGACAUGACCUCCCCGCAGGCCCCGGAGGAUGGGCAGGGAGGUGGCGAUCCCCCCAGGGACCUCCGCAGCGUCCUGGUCACUAGCGUGCUCAACCUCGAGCAGCUGGACGGAGAUCUCUUCAGAGGAAGGCAUUACUGGGUACCCACAACCAAGCGGCUGUUUGGGGGCCAGAUCAUGGGCCAGGCCCUGGUGGCUGCAGCCAAGUCUGUGAGUGAAGACGUUCACGUGCAUUCCCUGCACUGCUAUUUUGUGCGGGCAGGGGACCCGAAGGUGCCCGUUUUGUACCACGUCGAGCGGACGCGCACAGGUGCCAGCUUCUCGGUGCGCUCCGUGAAGGCCGUGCAGCACGGCCGGCCCAUCUUCACCUGCCAGGCCUCCUUCCAGCUGGUGCAGCCCAGCCCCAUACAGCACCAGUUCUGCAUGCCCGCGGUGCCCCCGCCGGAGGAGCUGCUGGACUACGAGACCCUCAUUGACCAGUACCUAAGGGACCCUAACCUGCAAGCGAAGUACCGCGUUGGCCUGAACCGGAUUGCCGCCCAGGACGUACCCAUUGAGAUCAAGCCGGUAACCCUGCCCACCCUGAGCCAGCUGCAGAACGCAGAGCCCAAGCGGAUGUUCUGGGUGCGAGCCCGGGGCUACAUUGGGGAGGGCGACUUCAAGAUGCACUGCUGCGUGGCCGCCUACAUCUCGGACUAUGCCUUCCUGGGCACGGCCCUGCUGCCGUACCAGGGGCACUGCAAGGUGCACCUCAUGGCCUCCUUGGACCACUCCAUGUGGUUCCACGCCCCCUUCCGAGCGGACCACUGGAUGCUCUAUGAGUGCGAGAGCCCCUGGGCUGGCUCUUCUGGAAAAGGGGACGCGCAGCCCCACCUCACGCGGCGGCUGUGGGGACCAAGCGAGCUGCACUGCGUGCAAGGGGAGCCGGCAGCUCCGGUCAUAGACACCAAACGAGACCAAGGAUGGCAAAGGAGAAUCGGUGGCUCCCGGGGGCUGGUCCGUGGGCAGCUGUGGCGUCGGGACGGGGUCCUGGCCGUGUCCUGUGCCCAGGAGGGCGUGAUCCGAGUGAAGCCCCAGGUCUCAGGGAGCAAGCUGUAGCCAGAGGUUCCAGCUGGGCCUGGAGCUUCAAGGACCUCCCUUCUCUUCCCGCCUCCCCCACUCCUGACGCAGGAGUCACAGCUGGAGGCUGGGCCUUCUGUCCCUCACAGCCAAUAAAGAGACUGGUAACACUGGA